AAAACAACUUAGCUGGCUAAUGUAGAAUAUUUGCAGCUAGAUUCCCACUCUCUUUUUAUUGCCUUUUUAAAUCUAAAAAAAAAUACUUUUAACAGAGAGUAGGAUUGUAAGAGAGACAACUGCGUCAGAACGAAAAUAAAUCAUCAUCAUUCCUCUUCCCUUCCCGAGCUCAACGCGUAGGAAGACAAAAAUCAGAAGAAAAGAAAAUAAAGAAAACUUUCAUUGAGAUUUGAGCCAAGAAGAAUAGAAGAAGAGAACGAGAAGAUCUCCAGCGGAUCAUCUCUGCUUUAAAAGCAUUGGCGGCGACUGACUUAAUCUCUCUCUCCUCUUCCUCCUUAUUAUUAACUCCCUCUCUCUCUCUACACAAAAGCCCCUCUCUCUCUCUCUCUCUCUCUCUCUCUCUCUCUCUCUCUCUCUCUCUCUAUCUUACGCCAUUUAUUUCGUUGCUUUUCUCUGUGUGUGAUUAUGACGAUGGGAUUUUCUUUAUGAAACUUUUAUUUUCCCGGAAAGCUGACAGAGAGGAAAAAAAUAAAAUAAAAAAAUAUUUUUUUUUGAAACUUUAUGGUUUUUCUCUGUGACCACAGAGAGACAAUAAAUGCGUUUGUAAAUGGUUAGUUGAGAAAAGGAGAAAGAACAUAAAAGUCCCGUAGCCCGAGGAAGAGUUGGGUUUUCUUGCAGAAAGAUAGUGAGGCAAAACAUGGGUUUGGUUUCUCCUGUCUCUCUUCUUACAUUCAUUUCCAUUUACUGUCUCUCCCUCUUCCAGCAAAGCUCAAGUUAAAAAGAAAGCUAUAGCAUUUGCCCUUCUCUCUUUCUAUAUUUUGCUCAUCUUCUUCUUACUCUUGGUUCUGGUUUUGAUCUGACUGGUGAGAGAGUGAGCGGCUUUAGAGUCAAACAAAAAGGUGUGGUAAAAGGAUACAAAGGAAGAUGAAGUUCAUGAAACUAGGGUCUAAGCCUGAUACAUUUGAAUCUGAUGACAAAUUCCACAAGUACGCAGUUUCGGAUCUAGACAGCGAUGUUACUAUCAAUGUCGGAGAGUUUACAUUUUACCUUCAUAAGUUCCCGCUGCUAUCUAAGAGCAAUAGGAUGCAGAGACUUGUCUCUCAGGCAAGCGAGGAAAACAUCAACGAUAUCACUAUCUCGGACAUCCCUGGAGGACACAAAGCGUUCGAGAUAUGUGCAAAGUUCUGCUACGGGAUGACGGUUACGCUCAACGCUUGCAACAUAACCUCUGUGAGAUGCGCAGCUGAGUAUCUCGAAAUGACCGAAGACGCUGACCGCGGUAACCUCAUAUAUAAGAUCGAGGUGUUCCUCAACUCGGGGAUAUUCAGAAGCUGGAAAGACUCCAUCAUCAUGCUUCAGACGACUAAGUCUCUUCUUCCAUGGUCUGAAGAUCUGAAGCUCGUUGCUAGAUGCAUCGACUCUGUCUCAACCAAGAUUCUGGCGAACCCGGAGACGAUCACUUGGUCUUACACGCACAACAGGAAGCUAUCUGGACAGGACAAGAUAGUCGAGUAUCACCGCGAGAACGUGGUUCCGAAAGACUGGUGGGUGGAAGAUGUGUGCGAGCUUGAGAUUGAUAUGUUCAAGAAUGUGAUGAGCGCUGUGAAGUCAAGCGGAAGGAUGAACAGUGGUGUGAUUAGUGAAGCUCUUAGGUACUAUGUUGCGAGGUGGUUACCAGAAUCUAUAGAGUCAGUUUCAGAAGCUUCUUCAAACAAACAUCUCGUCGAGACGGUUGUUUCAUUGCUGCCGAGGGUUAACAGAGCGAUGAGCUACUCUACUUGCAGCUUCUUGCUGAAGCUACUUAAGGUCUCGUUCUUGGUUGGAGCUGAUGAGACGGUGAUAGAAGAUUUGGUUGAAAACGUGAGCUUGAAGCUACACGAGGCCUCGGUUAAAGACCUGUUGAUACAUGAAGUGGAGUUGGUUCAUCGGAUUGUUGAUCGGUUCGUGGGGGAUGAGAAAGGUGUCUCGGAAGAUGAUAGAUACAAGGAGUUUGUGUUAGGGAACGGUGUUUUGUUGAGCGUAGGGAGAUUGAUCGAUGCGUAUCUAGCAAGUAACCGUGACCUAACGCUCUCUAGCUUUGUUGAGUUGUCUGAGAUGAUCCCGGAAGCAGCUAGACCUAUUAACGAUGGUCUCUACAAAGCUAUUGAUACUUUCUUGAAGGAACAUCCUGAGCUAACGAAAUCUGAAAAGAAGAGGCUUUGCGGGUUAAUGGAUGUGAGGAAGCUGACGAGCGAAGCAUCAGCACACGCAGCGCAGAACGAGAGGCUUCCGUUACGAGUGGUGGUGCAAGUUCUAUACUUUGAGCAGCUCAGAGCUAACCACAGCCCCGUAGGUUCUGUUGCAGCUUCCUCGCACUCGCCUAUCCCUCCUGUGAAGAAAGCGGAGGAGAGUAUAGUGGUUGUCGAAGAGGAGACGAAGAAGGUGGGGCUGAGCAAGAAAAGCAGAGGAAGCAAGAGCACGAGGAGUGGUGGUGGUGCCGGUGGACCGCAACUGAUGCCGUCUAGGUCGAGGAGGAUCUUUGAGAAGAUAUGGCCUGGGAAAGGGGAAAGUAACAAGAGCUCUGAGGUUUCUUCUGGUAGCUCGCAGAGUCCGCCUGGGAAGUCGUCGAGCUCGUCUUCCCGGGACCGGAGACAUUCCAUAUCUUGAAGGGUCUAAAUCUCAAAACGUUCAGGAGAACAAAGUUGUAAAGAGUCAUGGUCAUAACUUAUUAUUUAUAAGUGUUUAGGAUUUGUGGUAUGGUAGUUUCUUUUUCUUUGUCGACGGAUUUGUGGUAGUUAAAAGUACUGAUGAAGUCGUCGUUAUGUGUUUUGUGCUGUUUUUGUUUUACUAUAAUGUGAAAUCUAAUCGUAUUGCAACUA